CCAGCCCCUCUGUAAUAUACUGUCCUGCUCCGCCUCUCACCUGCUGCUCUCCACGUUUCUAACUGGGAGAGGGGACUAGGAUUAGCAGCUUCCGAUGUGUUCCCAGAGCCCACUCUGGCUGCUGGCCCUGGCCGUGAUAUUCCCAGGUAUCAGUGAUGUUGCUGCUGUUGAUAUUUACACCAGUGGGAACAUUGAAGCUCGGAAUGGUACCGAGAAACGUCUGAAAUGCACAUUUCAGUCCAGUUCUCCUGUCAGCAAGCGAACCACUGUCACCUGGCACUUUCGACACCCUGAAAGCAGCAAUGAGGAGUCUGUCUUUUAUUAUCAUGAGGAGCCAUUCCCACCUUCUGGAGGUCGUUUUAAGGAUCGUGUAUCCUGGUCUGGCAACAUUUGGAAAAAGGAUGGAUCAAUUACUAUCAGUAACCUGCAACUCACAGACAAUGGAACCUUUGUGUGCAGUGUGAAGAAUCCCCCAGAUGUACAUGGGAUUGCUGGAGAAAUCAAACUGAGUGUUGUCCAUAAAGUCACAUACUCGGAGAUGACGAUCCUGGGGAUUGUGAUUGGAUGUGCCACAGGCCUGGUGGUGUUGAUUGUUAUUGCUGUGGUUGCUGUUCAAUUUGUUCGUAAGAACCGGGAGCAGCAGGAACAGGAAGAGGUGGAGUAUGAGGAGGACAAGGAACUCAAUUAUGAACAUCAGAAUGGGGUGGAACUGCAGAAAUCAGACCAUGAGCCAGAGCUUCUGACUGAAGGGUUAGAGACAGCAGCUGUCUCCUGACAAACCGCACCAGGAAGGUCAAUUUCUGAACCAAGUUUGAUUUUAACAAGAGAAGAAGCAAAAUUCUAAACGGAACCACACGUCUCUUUACCUGUUGUAGAGAGAAAGAACAUUUCAGAUUCCAUUUGCCCUUUUUGUUCUUUACUUCUUCGAUGAAGCUAAUGAUGUGGUACAGAUUCUACAGUCUAACCCCAAUCUACAGCAGCUCCAGAUGAAUGUAGCCUUGGCCUGUCAAUAUUUAUUAGUAAAUCUAUGGAGAAAAUCAGAGAGUGUAGUUGUUAUAGUAACAGAUUAUUGAUCCAGAGAAUGCGAUGGUUAAAUUCCAUCAGAUCAGUUUAAGAAUUUAGUUCAGUUUUAGUAAAUCUGGAAAUAAAGAACUGGUCUCAGUAACUGUGAAAGAAUGACCCAGUUGGAAAAACCCAACUUGCCAACUCAUGUCCUUUAGGGAAGGAAGCCUGCCAAAAGUCUGGGUGAUACUUGUCUCCUGAACCAUACCAAUGUGGUUCAUUUGUAACACCCCUCUUAAAUGGCCAACAAGCCUGUCAGUUUCAUCAAGUGACUGACAGAGGAAUGACACAUGGACAGCAGUGUUUAAGAAGGCAGCCCAUCACCAACCUCUGUAGACCCAGCCAGCUACACACACAUCCUGAGAAUUAGUUAUUUAUAAAUUUCAGGUUAGGAAAUUCUUUGUCACAAUGUGAACUGCACCAAAAGCUAACUUUCACUUAAUAAAAACCAAAAGAACUGCAGAUGCUGUAAAUUAGGAACAAGAAUAGAAAUCACUGGAAGUUUAGCAGCUCUGGCAGCAUCUGUGAAGGAAAAAAUCGGAGUUAAUGUUUCGGAUCCAGUGACCCUUUCUCAGAACAGUUCUGAGGACGGGUAGCCGAACCCGGAACAAUAACUCUUUUUUUUCUUCACAGAUGCUGCCAGAGCUGCUGAGCCUUUCCAUAGCCUCCCUAACUUUGCAUUCGAUUUGCCUUGCAAUAAACUGUAGUGUUCUAUCAGCUUCACUACUUACUUGCUGUAUCUGCAUACUAACCAUUAUACUUCAUGCUCUAGGACAUCUACAUCCCUGUGCACCUCAGAUCUGUGUAGUCUCUCACUGUUUAGAUCAUAUGCUUUAUUUUUAUUUUAUUUUACCCACUAAAAUAGGCCUCUCACAUUUUCCAUGUUAUGGUCCACCUGCCAGAUCCUUGCCCACUCACUUAAUCUAUCAAUAUCUCUUCGUAGCCUCUUUAUGUCUUCUUCACAUUUUCUAUCUUACCUGUCUUUGUGUCAUCAGCAAAUUUAUCUCCAUUGAAUCCCUUCAUCAGUCCAUUUAUAGAAAUUGUAAAUAGUUGAGGUCCCAGCACUGACCCUAGCAGCACACCAUUCAUCACAUCUCACCAACCAAAAGAUAACCCAUUUAUACCCAAUCUCUGCUUCCUGUUAGCCAGCCAAUCUUCUAUCCAUGCCAAUGUUACCCCUUACACAGUGAGCAAUUUUUUUCUUCAAUAACCUUCAAUGUGGCACCUUAUCAAAUGUCAUUUGGAAUUCUAACUAUAGUUACCUCCACUGAUUCCCUGUUACAUUGCACAUGUUAUUGCCUCCAAGAACUCCAAUGACUUACUUAACAUAACUUCCCUUCCUUGGAACCAUGUUUACUUUGCCUGAUUAUCUUGAAUUUUUCUACAUGCCUUGUUACAGUAUAUUGAAAUAAUAGCUUCUAAUAUCUUCCCAAUGACAGAUGUUAAGUUAACUGGCCUGUAGUGUCCUGCUUUCUGUCUCUCUCCCCUCUUGAACAAAGGAAUUAUAUUUGCUCUUUUCCAAUUUAAUGGAAUCUAGGGAGUUUUGGAAAAUUAAAAUCAAUGCACCAACUAUCUCUUUAGCCAUUUUUUCAAUGCCCAAGGGAUGAAGUCUGUCAGGACCUGGGGUCUUGGCAGUACACAGCUUCAAUGAUUUGCUCAGUAUCACUUCUCUUGUAAUGACAAUUUUCUAGAGUUCCUUCCCCUGUUCCAUUUUGUGAUUUAUUUUUGGGAUGUUACUGACGACAAAUACUUGCUGAUUCAUCUGCCAUCUCUUUGUUCACCAUUAUUAAUUCCCAGACUCAUUUUGUUAACUUGUUUCCAUUUUAAAUAUCAAGAGAAGCUCUUACAAUGUUUUUUUAAAAAUUUAUAACUAGCUUUCUCUCAUACUCUACUUACCCUUACUUGUGAAUUGUUUUCACCAUUCUUUUGGCAUUCAUGGCUAAGUUGUAUAUUCAGAACAUGAUUCCAAGAAAGAUUCAUCAGUAAUGAGGGUAUGACUGUUUGUUAGAUAGGAUAUGCAACAUGUUUUAGGAAUAUUUUUUUAAAAGCAAUUUAGGUUUCAGUUUAGUUCCUUCUUCGUGUUAACACUGAGGGAGGUGGGGAUCAAAGAUCAGUGUUAAAGGAAGUGCAUUGAAAAGUGAAAUUUCUGUAAAUAUUGAACUGUUUUAUUUUCAAAUAAUCCAGAGAAUUUUAUAUGUGUAAGAGAUUUGUAUUAUUUUUGUUCAAACACUAUGACUUUGCUAUGUAUCAGAUAAAAGCCACAUUUUCACACCUAUAAUAAAAGCAUUUAUAAGAAUAAAUUACAUUUUAACACAA